GACCAACCAGGAAACAGGAUGUUCCUGUUCAGUUCUCACUGAGGAGAGACACACAGACGGAGAGACAGACGCUGCACUCAGAGACAAAAUGGCUUCCAGAUUAGAGGAGGAUUUCUGCUGUCCGGUCUGUCAUGAGGUCUUUAGAGAUCCUGUUGUUCUGUCAUGCAGCCACAGCUUCUGUAAAGACUGUCUGAAGAGCUGGUGGAAGGAGAAACAAACACGUGAGUGUCCAGUUUGUAAAAGAAGAUCUUCAAAGGAUCAGCCACCUUUAAACCUGACUUUAAAGAAGCUGUGUGAGAGUUUCUUACAGGAGAGAGAUCAGAGAUCUUCAGAGGCUCUCUGCAGUCUGCACUCUGAGAAACUCAAACUCUUCUGUCUGGACCAUCAGCAGCCAGUGUGUCUCGUCUGCAGAGAUUCAAAAAAACACUCCAACCACAGAUUCAAACCUAUCGAUGAAGCUGCACAGGAUCACAAAGAGGAGCUCCAGAAAUCUCUAGAGCCCUUAAAGGAGAAGUUAAAGGUUUGUGAAGGAGUUAAAGUGAAGUUUGAUCAAACAGCAGAACACAUGAAGGUCCAGGCCCGACGCACAGAGAAGCUGAUUAAGGAGCAGUUUAAGAAGCUUCACCAGUUUCUAGAAGAGGAAGAGGAGGCCAGGCUGGCUGCUCUGAGUGAGGAAGAGGAGCAGAAGAGUCAGAUGAUGAAGGAGAAGAUGGAGGCCCUGAGCAGAGAGAUAGCAGCUCUUUCAGACACAGUCAGAGCCACAGAGGAGGAGCUGAGAGCUGAAGACGUCUCAUUCCUGAACAACUACAAGGCUGCAGUGGAAAGAGUCCAGCAGCGCCCCCUGCUGGAGGAUCCACAGCUGCCCUCAGGAGCUCUGAUAGACGAGGCCAAACACCUGGGCAACCUGACCUUCAACAUCUGGAACAAGAUGAAGGACAUGGUCUCCUACACUCCUGUGAUUCUGGAUCCAAACACUGUUUAUCCAAAACUCAUCCUGUCUGAAGAUCUGACCAGUGUGAGACGAGGAGAGAAACAGCAGCUUCCUGAUAAUCCAGAGAGGAUUGAUUCUCUCUGGUCUGUUCUGGGCUCUGAGGGCUUUAACUCAGGGACUCACAGCUGGGAUUUCGAGGUUGGAGACAGUAUAUUCUGGAUACUCGGUGUGUUAGCAGAGUCUGUACAGAGGAAAGGAUACAUACGGUCUGGAUUAUGGAGAAUAUUGUUCUCCGGAGGUAAAUACUAUGCAGGGUCACCAUUAGCUCCAGAAACUGAUCUCGUAGUUCAGAAGAAGCUCCAGAGCAUCAGAGUGAAUCUGGACUGGAACAGAGGAAAGCUGUCGUUCUCUGAUCCUGAUACUAACACACACAUACACACCUUCACACACACUUUCACUGAGAGGAUGUUUCCAUUCAUUUACACUGGGAAUAAAGUGAAGAUAUUACCAGUGAAGGUCAGUGUGACAGUGGAACAGAGCAGUUAGAGAUAAAGAGGAUGAUUAUAUUCAUCAUGUUUUAAAGGGAAAAGUCUCUGAAUAGUAAAAUGAUCUUUUAUUAAAUGAGUGUAUGUGUGAGGGACGAGUACAGAGACACUGACAGCAGAGACACACACUUUAUCUACAGAGCUCAGAGUCCUCAAUGUGCUGUGAACGAGUUAUGUAUAAUAUCAAUUAAUGGACAUUUUUCAUGAUCAUUCUUUAGAGUGCAUAAAGGCACAAAAUCUACACACUUGUGAUAUAAAACUUGACGACAAUAAUGUCAGUAUCAUGUAACGGUCCUCGCAGUGGAACAAAGAUCAACUUGUGUUUUUUUGGCUUUUAGUUUCUAACAUUUUAUUCUCUUUUUACGCAUAUUGUUUUAUGAUGUGUAUUUUUAGACCAUCUUAAACAACGUGGCCUGAAAUAAUCCCCAAGUACACAAACGUACAGAUUGAAACCAUCUAAAUAAAUAUUUAAUUAAUGAAACAUUAUUAAUAUGAUUAUUAUAUUGAAAUAAUAUUGAUUACUAAAACAGACCCAAAUUUGUUAAUCUUGUUCUUGCUCUGUAUAAUAGUAUAUAUAUAUAUAUAUAUACCAUUAUACAUAGAUUAUAUAUAUUAUUAUUAUAAUAAGUGGAACUGUUACAAGGGCAAUAGUUUCUUUGUUACAGCACAAAAAAUAAUAAAUAUUUGGUAUCUAUGAUUAGGACUGAAAGUAGAAAAUCAUAUUAUUAUUAAUAUUGUACAGUUGGAUUCUGAUGAGUAAGUAUUUGAUAUUGAACAAAUAAUAAUAAUGUAUAUAAAUAAAUGUUGCUGCAAUAAUCCAACCAUAAAUAAUCCAGUUUGCAUAAAGUAUAAUGAAGAUAAAUCUUUUGUUUUAUAUAAUUAUCUGUGAGGUAAAAUGAGUUUUAGUGCCCAGUUGUUUGCUCUGAGAUAUUAUAUAUAAAUAAUAUAUAUACAUCUAGUAACUUGCUUAGAAUAUGUUGCACACUAUUGAACUGCACAUUUCAUAUAGUGUAUAUAUAUAUUUCAUUUAUAGUUUUAUAUUUUCUCUUAUAUUGUGACACUAUUGUAUGAACACUGUACUCUUUAUAUAACUUUAUUAAAUUAUACACAUAUAUUACACCUUAUAUAAACAUUUUAGUGAACAAACAAUAGAGGGGCAGUUAUUGCUAUAGAUAUAUACAUUUGUGUAUGAAGUGAGGCUGUGAUGGAUUGUUGAUAUUAAUGAGAGUCUGAGAGGAAGCUGAAUAUGUGUGUGUUUGUUGUGCUGGAGGGAUGGGCCAAUGGAUUGUGUCAAUGUUUUAAUGACUGUCAAAUUCAAACAAUGAAGAGAGAAUUAUGAAAUGGAAAAAUAAAUCUGAUAUUAAGCAAUUGAGUGUUUUUGAGAAGCAAAUAGUCAGCUGGCAGAUGACACAACGUUGUUUCUUAAAAAUGUUGAGCAAAUUCCAAAAGCUGUUCAGAUUAUUGAUUUAUUUUCCAAACUGAAGCUGAAAAAUUGAAUUAUUAGUUUCACAUGAGUGUCAUCUAGUGGCAGCACAUGGUAUCCCCAUUAAAACUCUGCUCCAAUACUUACAUAAUAUAUAUAUUUAAUAAUAAUAAUAAUUACUAUUAAUAAUAAUAAUAAUAAUAAUAAUAAUAUAUUGUCACAACCUGGCUCAAAGGAGGGAGACCACACAGUCUGUGAAUUGUUAACACAAUUUAAUCAAGUAAAUACCAAAAUAAUCAAUACAGUUUAACAUGUCUAUCAGUAAAUCAGUCUGUCUGCAAUGUCUGUGUGAGUGAAGGGUGAGGUGUAUAUGUAUGAAUAUAAAACCCAGAACACAAACAAGAACCAGCAGUUCAGUGAGCAGCCAGAGGAAGAGAGUGAGAAAGCCUUGCAGGUCUGAUUUACAGCCUCCUGAACCCAGCCUGCUCAGGUGAGCUGCAUCAGGGAGGAAUCUCAGCUCCACCCCCUUACUACCUGACACCAAGAAGAAUAAGGCCAACACGAGGGCCGUCACAAUAUGAUAAAUAAUAAAUAUCUUUAAUGACAGAAGUUAUUUGAACUCAAACAUAUUGUUGGAACAGAUUACAUCAAAUAUCAAAUAUUUAAAAAUACUUACUAACUGUCAUUUAAAAAAAAAAAGUUUAAUUUUUCAUUUUUGGCCAUAAAUGUGUCUUCUGAUGGGAACUGCUGCUGACUCCUGCAAUAAGAAACUGAGAGUCGUUUGGAGAGCCUUUGUCUCCGCCUAUCUUCAUGAACAGAUGUUUUCAAUAAUGAAUCUGAACAAAAGAUCACUUCCACACUGUUUUGCCGACUGCUACAGCACAAUACAUAAAACCAGACAUUACGAGAGGAAAACAAAUAGGUGAGUAUUUUUAAAGCCUAAAUUACAAAUAUAAUAAAAUGUAUUUCAACCAACAACAACAGUUCAAUAUGUGUGUAAUUUAAUGGGUGUGCUUGCAUUUUGUUUUGUGUUUGUUUCAGAACAUGAUCAGUGGAUGAGGACGGUGUGAUCAGAUACUUAUCAACCCAGAACCUGAUCAAUAUAUUUGUGAACUGAGACAACCUUUAUUGUUGAGUUAAUGACACAUCCUACUUUAUAUGUGCAGCAAUAUUCUUAUUGUGCUUGAUGUUAUCGUUGAAUUGAAAUUGUAUUUUGUUUUAUUGAAAUUUUUUUAAUUUUUUAAUUUUGUUGAGAUAAAAGAAAGUUCAAUAAAUAUUGAUCCUGUUUG